AUGUGUGGACACUGUCUACAUUUGGCUCGGUUUUCCAACGUCACAGUGGCCGGCUCCAAGUGCUCAUUCUGCCAUUUUCGGCAAAUGAGCUCUGAGCUUGGCUUCACGACAAGUCUGCAAAUGAAGUUGACGCUAGAGCCACGGAUACUUGACAGUCUGAUUUCUGGCGAUCAACGAAGUGAGGAAGCGACAGUGAGCAGGAGAUGGAAAUGA